GGCCAUUGUUUUUUCUUUUUCCCUCCUAGAUCUCAUUCUAUACCAAGAUGAAAUCCAUCGCCAUGAAUAUCUUCCUUUCUCUGUUGAUUGGGUUCCCUGUUCUGAAGGCAAGUGACCCUAAAGAUCAAGACAACCCCUUUGAUUAUGAUUGGGAGUCGCUCCGUAUUGGUGGCUUGGUCUUUGCAGGCAUUCUGUGUUUUCUGGGAAUUGUUAUCCUCCUGAGUGGAAAGUGCAAAUGCAAGCCCAAAAAGAAAAGCAGCACACAGAUCAGUGGGGCACCAAAACAACCCCUUGCAGGAUCCAGUGAGUGCUGAACGGAGCUCCUUCUCAUGAUGCCACCAGCCCUGAUUGUUCUGGGUGAAAACGGUUCUCUGCCUGACCAAUGAGCCACCAUCUUGUUUUGUUGCCUUUUCUUCUUGCAUUUGUUUUGUGAAAUAAAAUCUCAUUGCCAUUCCCCCAA